AUGGGGAGAUCCUCAUCCGGGAAGGGCAAGAAAGUUGAAGAACCACCAGCACCAGCGGAGCCGCCGGUCAUCCUUCGAUGGCAAGAUCUGCCCGAAGAUGAUCCGGCCAGAGAUAUGAUUGUUAUUGCCCCCGAAGAUUAUAUGCCCUCGCUUGGGAAAGGGAAAGGCAAAGGCAAAGGGAAAAGGAAUGAGAAGGAGACUGAGAAACCAAAAGUGCAAGGGAAAAGGAAGAAGGCAGAAGGACCACCAUUGGCUAAUUACAUCAAAAUAGGUGAUCUUGCUCUGGCCUGUAAGAUGUGUCCUAAUCCAGAUUGGCACCCGACUUUUCAGUGCCCCAACCUCACUCCUGGGCUCAAGGAAAGGCUAAAAGAAGCAAGACUCAGGGGUGGAACAUUUAGGGCUUUCCACCCUGAUGAUCACAUGUAUUGUCAUGUUUGUUUGUCAAAAGACCACUGGUCUUCACAAUGCAAGUACCGGAUCGAACUUCCAGCACAUGCAAAAGUUGGCCCUCUUGCUGAAAUACAUUGUCUGUGUUGUGGUGAGGUGAGCCCCCACCCUGGUGAGCCUGGUGUCGACUGGAAAGCAAGAGCUGUUCUCAAGGCUUCUUGUAUGUUAGGUGACCCCAACAUGUUAAAGAGGGCAGAUGCCGCCGGUGGCACUAAGGCAAGUACAUCAGCAGGCGCAUCCAAUGGCACUGUCGUGAAGGCAAGUGCUUGA